CGGGCGGUCGGCGGCACAGCCGCGGCAGCUCCCCGCAGGGCGGGCCGGGUCGGGAUGGGGCUGGAGCUGUACCUGGACCUGCUCUCGCAGCCCUGCCGCUCCAUCUACAUCUUCGCUCGGAGCAACAACAUCCCCUUCGAGUUCAAGCACGUGGAGCUGUUCAAAGACUCGGUGCUGGGGAAGAAGCCGGCGGCGGGGAGCGGCUCGGAGCAGCCCCGCGCAGGGCCAUCAAAUAGUGAAGGUGCAGGCAAAGUCAGCCUCUUGAAGAAAGUACCAGCACUAAAGGACGGAGACUUCACCCUUGCAGAAUGCACUGCCAUUCUGCUGUACCUGAGUCGAAAGUACAACACUCCUGACCACUGGUACCCCUCAGACAUACAGAAACGGGCCCGGGUAGAUGAGUACCUCUCCUGGCACCACACCAACAUCAGGGCUAACGCUCCUAAAACCAUGUGGAUCAAGGUGUUGAUUCCCCUCUUCACAGGGCAGCCACUGCCCUCAGAGAAGCUCCAGGAGGUUAUGGAGGGGCUGUCCACUUCCCUGAAGCAAUUUGAGGAGAGGUUUCUGCAGGACAAGGCUUUUAUCAUUGGGAGUGAGAUCUCCCUAGCAGAUCUUGUGGCCAUUGUGGAACUGAUGCAACCUGUUGGAGUUGGUUGUGACAUCUUUGAAGACAGACCCAGGCUGAGGGAAUGGCGCAGGCGGGUGGAGGAUGCUGUGGGGAAAGAGCUUUUUUUCCAAGCCCAUGAGAUGAUCCUCAAUAUCAAAGAACUGAGCAAUAUUCAGAUUGAUCCACAGCUGAAAGAGCAACUGGCACCUGUGUUGAUGAAGAUGUUGAAAUGAAUUAACCUAUCUUAGCAUUUUUCCUGCUUUUUUUUUUUUUUUUUCCUUUUUAACUUCUUCUCUGACAUCCAAUUCUACAUGUAACUGGAAAGAGCACUGUAAUUCUAACACAGAAAUCGCAAAGUGUUUCCCCCAGGCCAAGUCCUUCUUGUAUCUUUUUGGGGUGGAAACUGAGGAAAGUUUAAGACCUAAAAAUGUUAAAUUUAAACAGAAGGCUGAGGUCCUACAGGUCACUCAAUGUUUAUCUGAAUUUUAUUUCAGUGUCAGUCUUCUCAGAGAUGAUAGAGACAAGAAUGGUAUUUCCUGACAGAAUUCAAGCCAGACUAUAAAUUGGGAACAUUAAAGAACUGAAUAGGAUGAGGAUCAUUGUUUUCAAUUUUAACAUUUGUCCUGCAAAGUGUGCCUGAUCCUCAUCUUCCCAGCAUUUGUCUGCACAGAGAAGUAGAGCACAAAACUACUUCACAAAAGUGAAAAAAAUAAAUUUUAAAAGUUUCUUAUUGUUGAGGCAUGUUGCUUGGCUGUCCAUGUACAUUCCAUACUUCUUUUUCCUUUGAAGCUCCUUUGAGAAAUUUCUUUGUAUUCAUCUACAGCUGUGAAUCUUUAUAAUUCUUCAGUGUAACUGCUGCUUUGGAUUUCUGAAAGCCUGGGUUCUGUUGGUGCUCUGUCUACCAGUACACGUGUGGCAGCAGCUGUUCUUGGAGAUCCAUGCUGCUGGUGGCCACAGCCUUGGAAUAACUGCCUACCUUAAAUACUGUGUUAACAUUAUAUAAGGAGUACCCUGAAAGAAUGCAUUCACAGUGUUUUCAUGAAAGAAAAUAUAGCAGUGCACAAAUUGUUUUUUUUCCUAUGGUAAUACUGUAAUAGCAAUCCACAUUUCUCCUAGGAAAUGCAGAGAGGGAAUAAAUGCAGACAUGCUCUUCUGAGACUGUUUUGGAUGGAUGUUCACCAAGUAAGUCACGCUGUGCAGCUGAAGUAAUAAGAGAGAUUUUGUGGCAUUGAGCAACACAUGCAUCACAAUAAAAGGGCAAAGAGUUGUUUUGGA